AUCUUCCCCUUUUCCCCAGAUCUUCAACUCUUAUAGCCCAGCUCUGUCCAUUGAACAUGAAAACCCUUUUUGCUCCUUUAUAGACUUGUGAAUGGACUCCUCCCCCCCCUUCUGGCAUAACUCCUUUUGUGACACACCCACACACCUGCUUGUUUUCAGCUCCCUUUUUAUCAAACAAACUCCAAUUAAGGAGAGGGUGGGGCUGUUUUAACUCUCCUUCCCGGAUAGCACCAAAUCUCUGGAUCCCAGAAGAGAAAAAAAAUGCUUGCUCACUCCAGGUGAUGCCGUCCGCUGUCAGCAGCACUGUUGUUCAAGAGACUGGGUCUGAACCAAGUCCCUGUCAGCAUGCCAGCGCAACUACUGAAACAGGUGCUGGAACGGGAGGGAUCUAUUCUGCUAUCCUCAGCCGCAACCAACCCAUUAUUGAAGUAAAGGAGAAGACUUUUCAUGAGCUUCAUAAGAAGUGCCUUGAGAAGAAGAUUCUUUAUGAGGAUCCAGAUUUUCCAGCUAAUGACUCCUCCCUUUUCUACAGUCAGAGGCUCCCAGUCAAAUUUGAGUGGAAAAGACCGUCAGAAAUCUGUGAGAAUCCACGCUUUAUCCUAGGUGGAGCCAAUAGGUCUGACAUUUGUCAAGGGGAACUAGGGGAUUGUUGGUUUCUGGCUGCCAUUGCUUGUCUGACCCUGAAUGAAAAGUUGCUGUUCCGGGUCAUUCCUGAGGGUCAGACCUUCCUUAAAGAUUAUGCCGGGAUUUUUCACUUCCAGUUCUGGCGUUAUGGAAGUUGGGUGGAAGUUAUCAUUGAUGACCGUUUACCAACAUAUGGCAAACGUCUGGUCUUCACUAAAUCCUCCCAGCAGAAUGAAUUCUGGAGUGCAUUACUGGAAAAAGCUUAUGCAAAGCUUCAUGGGUCCUAUGAAGCAUUAAAAGGAGGCAAUACAACGGAGGCCAUGGAGGAUUUCACAGGAGGAGUGACAGAAUUUUAUGAGAUAAAGGAUGCUCCUAAAGAUACAUACAAAAUCAUGAAGCACGCCAUUGAGAGAGGGUCACUUAUGGCUUGCUCCAUUGAGGACAGUUCAGGAUUUAUUUAUGGAAGUGCUCCUACAACUAAUAUUGGACAAUUCAUUACCCAAAUGUUGCAGAAGGUGGAUUCUGUAUUUUUGAAUGAAUCAGCUGAAGACAGGGCAGUUCAGACCAUCGUUCCAUUGUUGUUUGAAAGGCGCAUGACUAAUGGACUGGUCACAGGCCAUGCCUAUUCAGUCACAGGAGUGGAGGAGACAAUGCUUAAAGGGGAGAAGAUAAAACUGGUGCGGCUCAGAAAUCCCUGGGGACAAGUAGAAUGGAAUGGAGCUUGGAGUGAUCGCUCAGAUGAAUGGAAUGUUAUUGACAACGCCGAGAAGAUCCGCUUGCAACAUAAAGUUGCAGAGGAUGGCGAGUUCUGGAUAUCAUUCCAAGAUUUCCUGAGGUAUUUCACAAAGCUGGAGAUUUGUAAUCUCACACCCGAUACCCUUGUGUCCGAUAAGCUUCACACAUGGACAGUUUCUGUCACGGAAGGACGGUGGGUGCGAGGUAGCACUGCAGGCGGCUGCCGUAACUAUCCAGACACAUUUUGGACCAAUCCCCAAUAUCGCUUGAAACUCCUGGAAGAAGAUGAUGAUCCAGAAGAUGCUGAGGUUGUAUGCAGUUUCCUGGUGGCCCUGAUGCAGAAAAACAGGAGGAAAGAACGCAAACUAGGAGCCAAUCUCCUCACAGUUGGUUUUGCCAUCUAUGAGGUGCCGAAAGAGAUGCAGGGUGACAAGAAACACUUACAGAAGGAUUUUUUCCUUUACAAUGCCUCCAAAGUAAAGUGCAAGUCUUACAUAAACAUGCGAGAAGUUGCAGAACGCUUCCGGCUACCGCCAAAUGAGUAUGUCAUCAUCCCAUCCACCUACGAACCCCACCAAGAAGGAGAAUUUAUCCUAAGAGUCUUCUCAGAAAAAAGAAGUCAAUCAGAAGAAGUUGAAAGCAAGAUUGAAGCAGGAAAUAUCUCUCCGAUCAUCUUUGUCUCAGACAGAGCAAACAAGAACAAAGAUCUGAAAGGUGGCGAGGGGCCUAGAAAGGACAAGGAAAAACCAAGUCCAGAUAAACGAAAGAAGAACACUGAGCCAGCAGAAAGGGAUACAGAUAAUGAAGAAGAUCAGCAGUUCAGAAAUAUUUUCCGACAAAUUGCUGGGGAUGACAUGGAGAUCAGUGCUGAUGAACUAAGGAAUGUCCUCAACAAUGUUCUGAAAAAACACAAAAACUUGAAGACAGAAGGUUUUGCCCUGGAAUCCUGCCGCAGCAUGAUUGCCUUAAUGGAUACAGAUGGUUCGGGGAAAAUAAAUCUUGAUGAAUUUCGCCACCUUUGGACUAAGAUUAAAAGCUGGCAGAAAAUUUUCAAGCGUUAUGACACCGAUCAUUCAGGAACCAUUAACAGCUAUGAGAUGCGUAAUGCAGUCAAAGAUGCAGGGUUUCAACUGAAUAACCAGUUAUAUGAUAUCAUUACAAUGCGCUAUGCUGACAGGAACAUGAAUAUUGAAUUUGACAGUUUUAUCUGUUGCUUUGUGCGACUAGAGGGAAUGUUCCGUGCAUUCCAUGCCUUUGAUAAAGAUGGAGAUGGCAUUAUUAAACUGAACGUCUUAGAGUGGCUACAGCUCACCAUGUAUGCCUGAAUACCACCUAUUUUCACCUUCUCUCUGACCACCUACUUAAUCAGCCAACAUUCAGUUACAAAAUACUGAUCUUUGGUGCCUCUCCCUCUUAAAAAUCACAUGGAAAGAGAAGUACAAUUCAGCAGAUUUAUGUCCAAGCCAAAGUAACACCGAUCUCCAUCUAUGAACCAGUUGUCAUUAAGUUCUACUCAGCUGCUUAUGGAGAAGUAACAGCAGCGGCAAGGCAUUUUGUGCACAACUAGCGGUAUCUGCCCUCCUGCUGGAAUCAGUUCUCUCUUUGCAUGAGCUUCUUUGCAAAUCAAAACUCUUAUUCUUACUUUGAAAUACAGCAGGUCUUGCAGCGGGAGAUAUUUAGGGGCCAGCGGAACAAUGUCUCAAUAUUAAACACUAAAACUUGCCAAAACGUGGUUCAUCUGAUUUCAGUAAUUCAACAUAUUUGAAGUUAACGUGCCUCAAAUAUUUCACUAAAUUGUUUUCAUAUGAUUUUUCUUAUAAGUUAUAUCAGUUAUUAUUCCUGCAGCCAAAGCUUUCUAAAUUUCGCCCAGCAACAGAAUAUAUCAAUAUACACAGAUACCGCACUAGACAGAAUGUAUCAAAUGACUAUAUAGAUGGGUUUGUGGCUGAACCAAUUAAAUUUGCUCUUAGGCUACAGGAAAAGUUAUUUUAGCCAAAUUAUAACUUUUUUCUGGCCGCAACAAACUGACAGAUUCACUAAGUUCUUGGUUCUCUUACAGUAAAACUUUCAUAGAAAUCUGUACUGUAUUGCAUAUAGUAUAAACAAAUUAGGACUUCUUCAUGUCAGACAUUUUGCACAUAGGAAUAACUGUGAUCUACUGCUGUAACUACAUUUGUUUGGAAACUGUACUCCCCCACCCCCAUUUUAGAAAAUACCAUACAAGCAAUGGCUCCAUUGUUGUGGAAAAUAUGGCAAAAGUUGCUUAAUAAAUAGAUGAAAGCUCUUUCACUGGUUGUGCUGUGUUGAAAUUAUGAAACAAGAUUUUAAAAAACCUCUGAAAAAAUGCUACUUGUUGAUGUCCAGUUUUCCUUGAACAAAUGCUUGUAUGAAUUUGUAGGGGGGAAUUGCCAUCCAAUAAAUA